ACAUUUACGCUAGCACCUUCCUGAAAUAAUAGAAGACACCUAAACCGGUGUGUGACACCGGGUAAACAUGUCUGUGCGACUCGCUAUUAGCCGUGGACUCGAGUUCGGGCGCUCGGUCUUUCACGCAGGUCUUUUUAAACCGGUAAGCCGAGUCGCAGCGAAGCUCCGAGGUGAGCGUUUUCGUGUCGGCCCGUUAGGCCGCACCGUUCAUCCUCGGGCUUUCCUGCCGACUCGCUACCGGUAUUACCGCACCUCUCUGAAGGGCCUCGCCGCUCAGCUUCAGUCCUCCGGCAUCAGAAGGAGGUUUCUUGGAGGCUCUUCCAGAAACAGGGCCGUGUUUCUGGCUUUCGGUCUCGGUGUGGGACUUAUCGAGCAGCAGCUGGAGGAUGACAGAAAGAGUGCGGCGACGUGCCGAGAGAUCCAGGCUGUCUUUAAGAAGAAAAAAUUCCAGAGUCCCCUGACACCAUUUUACUCUGGUCAUAAAUUGGAGGAUUACUUUAUUGGGAAUCAGAUCGGCAAAGGUUCCAAUGCAGCCGUAUAUGAGGCUGCGGCACGGUUUGCCCCUAUGAAGGAAAGUAGCAAGUGUUCUUUGGUGGAGCUGAGAGAAGAUGAAGGGGAGCAGGAGACUGUUUCUUCGCUGAUGUGCUGCCGGCUGAGAAACUUCCCUCUGGCUAUAAAGAUGAUGUGGAACUUGGGGGCUGGGUCAUCGGGUGAGGCCAUAAUAACGUCCAUGUCUCAGGAGCUGGUGCCUGCAGGUCCACUGGCCAUAAAGCAUGAAAAGGAACACAUCACUCUGGAUGGGCAUUUUGGAGUUUUGCCUAAAAGACUCUCGGCUCAUCCUAAUGUGAUCAGAGUGUACCGGGCGUUCACCGAUGAGGUCCCGUUGCUUCCAGGGGCUAAAGAAGAGUAUCCUGAUGUCCUGCCAGCAAGGCUUAAUCCUGCUGGUCUGGGGAACAAUCGCACACUUUUCCUGGUCAUGAAAAACUAUCCUUACACCCUGCGACAGUAUCUGGAAGUGUCCACACCAGUUAGCAGACAUGGUUCUCUGAUGGUGCUGCAGCUCCUGGAGGGUGUGGACCAUCUGUGCAGACACGGUGUUGCUCACAGGGAUCUCAAGUCCGACAAUGUGCUGUUGGAAUUUGACUCAGACGGUUGCCCUCGUUUAGUGAUUACAGACUUUGGCUGCUGCCUGACCCAGAACAACUCCAGUCUGCAGCUGCACUUUAACAGCAAGUGGGUCAACAGAGGAGGGAAUGCCUCGCUUAUGGCCCCUGAGGUGUCCACUGCAGUUCCAGGACACGGUGCUGUGAUUGACUACAGUAAAGCAGAUGCCUGGGCGGUGGGCGCCAUCUCCUAUGAGAUCUUUGGCCAAAAGAACCCAUUUUAUCGUGCAGUGGGGCUGGAGAGCCGGCAUUACCAGGAGGAGCAGCUUCCAGCUCUGCCUUCCAGUGUUCCAGCUGAUGUCCAGUUAGUGAUUCAUUUGCUCCUCAGGAGAAACUCAAGCAAGCGCCCCAGUGCACGUGUGGCUGCUAAUAUGCUACAUAUUGGCCUGUGGGGACGGAAGGCCCUGGCUGACCAGGGGAGCGCUGGCAUGAGGAAGUUAGCUGACUGGCUGCUGUGCCAGUCUGCCGUAGUUCUCCUGAAAGGGUGCCGUGGGCCCAGAGGAAACACUGUGGAGGCGGAGCUUCAGAGGAUCUUCUUGUCUAACCUGGAGCUGGAGGAGCUGCGUACAGCAGUGGGCUUCCUUGUCUAUGGGAGCGAGCAGCGUCACACCUGCAUUCUGUCUGCUUAGCUUCACCCUCAGAACCUGCAGUAGAUUUUUGUCAGCUUUUGGAUUAAUAUCUGUGGUGAUGUAGUGAUUUUGUUUACGUCUAAUCAGUCACUGUGUUGUAAAACACUUCUUAAAUUUAAAUUCUGCAAGAUAGAUAGAUAAAUACUUUAUUAAUCCCGAUGGAAAUGAUGUGAAGAAGUAAACGUUUAUUUUUCUUAACA